AUGGGCUACCCACGUGGUUUACCUUUGAAUGAAACAACUAUUGCAAAUAAAUUAAAAGAAGCUGGGUAUUCAACUCAUCUCGUUGGAAAAUGGAAUUGUGGAUUUUAUUCAAAAGAAUUUCUCCCACACAAUAGAGGAUUUGACACGUUUUUCGGAUUUGUCGACUCAAAAGAAGAUCACUAUACCCACAUGGUGCAUGACAUAUCGGAUCUGAGACGGAACGAUUUGUGUGUAGCAGACAAAUAUUAUGGUAAUUAUUCAACAAUCAUGUAUGGGAACGAGGGGACGACUAUUAUCGACAACCAUGAUACAAAUAAGCCGCUGUUCCUUUUCAUGUCAUUUUCGGCGGUCCAUGAGCCGCUACAAGUUCCAUCUGUCUACGAAAAGGAAUAUAUACCAACCAUAGAUGACACAGACAGAAGAAUAUAUGCAGGGAUGGUGUCAUGUGUGGAUGAAGCAAUAGCAAAUAUCAUCGAGACAUUGGAAAAUAAAGACAUGUUGAAAAACAGUAUAAUUGUUUUCACAUCUGAUAAUGGCGGUGAUCCAUUAUACAGUGGAAACAACUGGCCUUUGAGAGGAUGGAAAGCUUCAAACUGGGAAGGUGGCGUUAGAGCCCUUGGAUUCGUUUACAGUGAAAUACUACCGACCAACGCACGUGGCACUGACAACAAUGAAUUGAUGCAUAUCACUGAUUGGUUUCCUACAUUAGUAGAUAUAAGUGGCGGUAAUAUUCACACAGAGGAGUUAUUAUAUGGUGUUAGUCAGUGGGGCGUGAUAAGGUAUGAAUGUAUUAUUUACAAAUAA